AUGAUCAUUCAAAAAUCAGGAUAUAUAAUUGAAAUCUUUGCGGGCUCAUAUGAAAAAUUACGGUCUAGACAAUUAUCUAAAUCUAAGCAUUCUAUAUUAGCUAAUAACUUAUUACUUGCCAAAUCACCAAAGCAUUUUAAGCUAGAACAUGAGACUUUCAAUAGUUUCUAUAAAGACAAGGAUAAUAACAAACUGAUUAAUGUGCUUGAAGAAAUUCCUAAACCAUUAAAAGAACUUACAUUAAAUUACAAAUAUAUUUCAAUGGAAUGGAGAAAAGUUAAUGAGUCAUCAGUACAGUCAUAUAAAGUGGAAUUUUAUUCUAUACCAGGGUAUGAUCCCAAAGAUCUCUCAAUUGAAGUCUUAUCGAGUUUAAUCAAAAAUUGCCAUGGUGAUAUACCUGAAUUUUUGAAUACAGAAUUAUUUGGUAGUGGUUUAGAUAUGAUUGAAAAAAAUAAGCUAUAUAUAAAUAUUUUACAGGUCCAAAACCACAAUAUUGAUUCAUACUUACCCUUAAGAACCUUACUAGAGAGCUUAGUUACAUAUCUUAUGUCAGAUGAAUAUGAAAUACAUGGUUCAUAUGAUCAUAUAGUUAAAGCAUAUGAAUUUAAUUAUAAAGAUCAACUUAAAAUUAUGGUAUGUUGGGGUGAAAAAAUAACAUUACAAAAUUAUCAACUUAUUCUGGAACAUUUAAAUUAUAUGAUAUCAAAUGAUUUAUUAUCUGAACCCCAUAAUAAAAGGUUGAUUGCAUUGAUUCCUGGUUAUUUAAAUUAUAACAUCAAUGGUAAUAAUGAUGAACUUCCACCAAGUUAUGGUUCAAGUGUUAUGUAA